CGCGAGAAGGAGAUAGACGUCAGAAUCUCCGCUUCGGGAACAGGCGACGGCUCGCAGGUCCUCUUCGAUUUCAAGAGCGGCGCAUUCAAGCCUGUACCGAGUCAGGAUAUGGUAUUCGAUCUCCUUUCGCUUCCGUCGAGGGUCGUGCACAAGGAGGAUCUCGAAAAGGAGGAGAGGAGGAAGGACACGGCGUCUAUACAAGGAGAGAAGAAAGGUGAGGCGGAAACUCAAGAAAAUGACGAAAACGCGAAGGAACUGGAGGAGCUGUACGGGACCUACAUGACGAAGGAGGAGCUGGCGAAGUUGGACGCCCAACCGAACCCGUUUAACUAUAGUGAUCGUGUUUCGCAGACUUUUCGUGUGGUUAUGAAGGACCUCCCCAUCCAGACGGACCCUCCGCCGGGCACGACCUUCUCCGCCAACGUAGGAUUUUCAGACAUCUACGACGCCUAUGAAAAGGACUACGAGAGGGUGCUGGCGAGGAGGAAAGAGGAGGAGAUGAAGAGGGAGAAGGAGAAGGAGAGAGAGAGGGAUAGGAAGGCUGGCAAGUCGUACGGCAAAGUCUCAUCGCCUGAGCUACAGAAAGAUCAUAGUUCGUCGCAGGUUAGUGGCAGUCAGUAUGCAGAUUCCUUACAUCAGAACAGAGAUUUCAAUAUGUGUCAAAUUGAAGCCACAUGGUCACAGAAAGGGAAUAUUAAACUUUCUUCCAUUAUCUGGCGGUUAUGCUUGGACAAAGCAAUUGCAGAACAGGAGCUUUCACCUGUUUUUUCCAUGAUCACACCGCGUCCCUCCGUCCAGUCUCAGAAGGCGACGCGACCCAACCCCGAGGGCGUGGCCAAGAAGCAGGCGUCUCCACUCCGGGCGGCGGCGGCGGCGGAGGCGGAGGCGCAGGCGGAGGAGGAGCGCGUCCCCCCCCGCCUGCGCACCGUCGUCGCCCUCGAGAGGAUGGUCAGCCAGAAUAUCUUCGACGAAGUCACGCAAGACUACAAGUACUGGGAGGACAGCAGCGACGAGUACCGCAACCUGGAGGGGUCUCUGCUGCCGCUGUGGAGGUUCCCGUGCGACGGAGGCCGAGCGCUCGUCGUCACGGAUAUCUGCUGGAGCCCCGUCUACCACGACCUCUUCGCCGCCGCCUACACUACAGAGAGCAUCUGCGGGGCAUCCGACGCCCGAGGAAUGCUGUGCCUGUUCACCCUCAAGAACCCGGGCAUCCCUGAGCGCGUCCUGCAGCCUCCAUGUGGCGUCACGUCCGUACAGUUCCAUCCCUCGCGAGCGAGCGUGCUGGCGGCGGGGCGCGUGGACGGGGCGGUGAUGGUGCUCGACGUCCGCUUCCCCCGCGCCCCCAGGGUCAUCACCUCGACGGUUGUGGCCGGAAGUCACCUCCAGCCGGUCUGCCAGGUGCGCUGGGUGCCGACUGACCCCGGCGAGAGUCUCUGCUUCUACUCCGUGUCCGAGGACGGCCGCGUGUCCGAGUGGCUGGUCCGGCCUUCCGCUCUCGUCCACGCGGAUAUCCUCGACUUCAUCGCCAGCGCGGCGAACGCCAAGUUGUCUAAAGAGGCUUCCAAGUUCUUACUCGAAGGCAGAGCCACCUGCAUAGCGCUGAACCCGAGCGACAAGACGGACAUGCUGGUGGGCGUCGACACGGGCGAGGUGCUGCAGCUGAAGACCUCGAGCACCCACGCCCUCACGCGCUACCCCGCCCACAUCGGCGCCGUGAGGGACAUCGCCUGGAACGCCCACCACUGCAAGGUCUUCGCUUCCUGCUCCUUGGACUGGACGCUCAAGAUCUGGAUCCGGGAUUGCCUGUCGCCGCUGGUGACCCUCGACCUCGGCGCGCCGAUCGGGAGCGUCUCAUGGUCCCCCUACAGCAGCAGUGUGCUCGCGGCGGCCACGGACGAAGGGCGCGUCUACGUGUACGACCUGUUCCUCCGCAAGUGCCAUCCGCUGUGCUCGCAAAACCUCAACCAGCGGCGUCGACUUGGCCUCUCCUGCGUCGCCUUCAAUCCCUUCAGCCCCGUCGUGCUCGUCGGCGGCGAGAAAGGCUACCUGAUGACGCUGAAGCUCUCUCCCAACCUGCGUCGGCCGUACAAGGACGCGAAGGGCGCCGAGGAGAUGAGGCAGGCGGAGAUCGAGCUCUGCAAGAUGGAGAGAAUCAUCGCCACCAGCAAGGAGUGGGAGAAACCGGGAGAUGAGAAGAUGAGGUUUUCUGCUGUAUUUUGAAAGGAAUAUUGCGUGGUUAAAUAAGGAAGGUGAUUCAGUGUUAGCAGGAAGGAGUGAGGGAAUUCCACAUGAUGUGAAGUGAUGUGUAAUGUUUUGAUGUGAUUCUGUGUGAUUGCAGUAUGAUCAGGUAAGGUUAGAGACGAUCAGGCGAUGUUUUCUAAUAUAUUUUUACUUGAUUCUGUUUGUUUCCAUGGGAUCAGAUCAAUGUUUUGUGCACGAGAAAAAGUACAAAAAUACAAACGCAGUAACGUGCGUACAGAGAUGAAAUGAAACCAAAGCCAGAAUUGGAACAUACGAAUAAAUCUUAACGUUUCGAACACGCAAAGGGUUCCUCUUGGGACAAAUAAUAAAUGUCUUCUGUCGUGUUUAAAUGGGAUUCUUCUUCGUUCUUUUUGGUUGAAUAUGUGACUCAGUGUACGUUGGAUAAUUGGUUCGUUUUUUCUUGAAGGAAGAAGGAAGAGCAUAAGAGUCGAGUGAAUAUAAAUACGAAUUUUUAUAAUGAUUUACUUUGUACAUACUUCGUGAUAAUAUCAUAUUGUGAAUUCAGAUAAUAUAUCAAAUGGUGAGUUUAUUAAAUACUAUUUCCUUAAUAUCUACACUGUUAUUAUUACUAGCACAUUCUUGAGAAUAGGAUUAUCAAUUUCUAUUCCUUUAACUAGCCGUCUCAGCUAAAAAGAUAAAGAUGGCUGUGAUUUCUCAGGGAUUAUGUAAUAAAAAAAAAUUCAGAUGUUAUUUUCUCUUAUUCCACCCCUUCCAAAG